GCUCCGGCCACCGCUUCCGCCCCCCGAAGCGCGGCUCCAAAGCUCCGGCGGCGGCGGUUUGCGCUCGCUCGUUGGUCCAGAGAGUUUAGGUCUGGCCCUAGAAGACCCGACGGGAUUAUCUAAAGGUGCUGCUUAAUUGAUGAGUAUCUUGAGAAACAGUUUUCCAGUCUCUACUGUGGGGAAGCUGGAAACUGCUUUGGCAGACCUUGAAGGGAGUAGCGAAGGAGUUGCCGCCAUGAACGAAGAAAGCGCCGAUGGGGCAAAUGGGUGCAGCAAAGUGCGGACCGGCACGCAGAACGAAGCUGCGCUGCUGGCUCUCAUGGAGAAGACUGGCUACAACAUGGUCCAAGAAAACGGGCAGAGGAAGUUUGGCGGUCCUCCUCCAGGUUGGGAAGGUCCACCUCCCCCUAGAGGCUGUGAAGUUUUUGUUGGAAAAAUACCGCGUGAUAUGUAUGAAGAUGAGUUGGUUCCUGUGUUUGAAAGAGCUGGGAAGAUAUAUGAAUUUCGGCUGAUGAUGGAAUUUAGUGGUGAAAAUAGAGGGUAUGCUUUUGUGAUGUACACUACAAAAGAAGAAGCCCAAUUAGCCAUCCGGAUUCUUAACAAUUAUGAGAUUCGACCAGGGAAGUUUAUUGGUGUGUGUGUAAGCUUGGAUAACUGCAGAUUAUUUAUUGGAGCAAUACCCAAAGAAAAGAAAAAAGAAGAAAUUUUGGAUGAAAUGAAGAAAGUUACAGAAGGCGUUGUAGAUGUGAUUGUCUAUCCAAGUGCAACAGACAAAACCAAGAACCGUGGUUUUGCAUUUGUUGAGUAUGAAUCACACAGAGCUGCUGCAAUGGCCAGGAGAAAGCUGAUUCCGGGAACGUUUCAACUCUGGGGCCACACCAUUCAGGUAGAUUGGGCUGAUCCAGAAAAAGAAGUUGAUGAGGAAACCAUGCAGAGAGUUAAAGUUCUUUAUGUAAGAAAUCUAAUGAUCUCAACUACAGAGGAAACCAUUAAAGCAGAGUUCAAUAAAUUCAAGCCUGGUGCAGUGGAACGAGUAAAGAAACUUAGAGAUUAUGCAUUUGUUCACUUUUUCAACCGAGAAGAUGCAGUGGCGGCUAUGUCUGUUAUGAAUGGAAAAUGCAUUGAUGGAGCCAGUAUUGAGGUAACGCUGGCAAAGCCGGUGAAUAAAGAAAAUACUUGGCGACAGCACCUUAAUGGCCAGAUUAGCCCUAAUUCUGAAAACCUACUUGUAUAUGCUAACAAGGAAGAGAGUCACUCCAAAACUCUAGGCAAGCCACCAGCUCUUCCCACCCGUCUCAACGGUCAGCAUAGUCCAAGCCCCCCUGAGAUGGAAAGAUGUACUUAUCCUUUCUUUCCUGGAACAAAGCUGACCCCGAUUAGUAUGUAUUCUUUAAAAUCCAAUCACUUUAAUUCUGCAGUGAUGCACUUGGAUUAUUACUGCAACAAGAAUAAUUGGGCUCCACCAGAAUAUUAUUUAUACUCAACAACCAGUCAGGAUGGAAAGGUACUCUUGGUGUAUAAGAUAGUCAUUCCUGCGAUUGCAAAUGGGUCCCAGAGCUACUUCAUGCCAGAUAAACUCUGCACUACGCUGGAAGAUGCAAAGGAACUGGCAGCCCAGUUCACGCUGCUUCAUCUGGACAGGGAACACAGUCUCUUCAGCCUGGACCUGUGUAGAAGAAUUUGGAGGAAAUAAGCAGGUCCUUUCUGAUGUUGCUUGAGCUUAUUCUCCUGCAGUUGGUCUCAUUCCUGUUCGUUAAACAUUAAGUCCCAUGACAACAUUAAGUUAUAGGCCUCAUAGUGAAUGAUGUUGGAGGGGGAAAGCUUGACCUGUGUAUUAAAUGAUCUUAUUCCAUUUCUUCCAUUGUGACAAUAGCACAGUUUUUAUAAAUGAUCACUUUACAGUCACAGUCGCCACUGUGACUUACACUGUAGUAAAGAGCAUAGUUGAGUUUUUGGAAAGUACAGGAUCUACAAAUUUGGUCAAUAAAACACACACACACAGAAUUACUACAAUUAAGGAAGCAGGAAAUUAUUGCUACAUAAGAUGAACAUUUGUUUGAAAUUAAUGUUCCAAAUAUAAUUGUUUUAAUAAUUUGGUUAAUUUUGGAUAAUUUUCUAUACUAUUAAGUUGAUAAUGGUUUUUGAAGUUCAUUUGGUAGAGAUGAUUCAUUUUUCUGUUUAUGGUACCAGUGAGACACUAAUGUUAAAUUGAUGUGUUUGGUUAUAUAAAUGUUUGUGCCAGCAUUUAAAUAAUGAAAUUUUGGACAGUUAGUUUUUACCCGAAGUCCAUGGGCAAAUGUUUACACUGGUUUGAUGCCUAAUAUAGUUUCCAAAAAAAAAAAAAAAAAAAAAAAAAGAAGAAGAAAAGAAGAGAGAGAGAGAAAAGAAACUGAAUUGUCUGUUCUUUUAUCUUUUUCUUUAUGAUCUACCCUUGGUGUCAGAACCACGUUUAAGAGAAGCUUCUUUAUUGAUUAAAGAGAAACCAGAGCUUCUCUUUUCCUGUGUUAAGAAAAAGGUACCCAAGAAGCACGGUAGUAAGUCCUUUCUAGCAGUGUUGUCAGUUGUUGAUGGAAGUUAGUGUUGGCACUGCAGUGAUAGCAACCACUUCGUUACAGUGUCAUUGGGUAUUUAAGUGUUAGAGCAUUAUGUUAAGAUGUGACUAUUGUUUGAAUGUUUUGUCUUUUAAAUUAAAUUUGUGCCCACAAAGAUGUGCAGCAUAAUUGUUCAUAUAUUUAUUUACAGACUACAGUUUCCGUCGCAGCUCAAUAAAUAGUCUUUCCCCUGUUAGCGCUACCCUCUCUUCUGGGACUCCCAGCGUGCUUCCUUAUACUUCAAGGCCUUACUCUUAUCCAAGCUAUACCUUGUCACCAACAAUAUCACUUGCUAAUGGCAGCCAUGUUGGACAACGACUAUAUAUCUCCAAUCAGGCCUCAUUCUUCUGAAGAAAGUCUGGAUACAUUAGUAUAAACAUUUUUUUGUGUAAGGCAUGAAAAUUAAAAUACUGUUGUAUUUUAGAAUUGGGUUUGCACAUUUGACUUAAAAAACAAUAUAUUUAACCACAUCAGCUAUAAUUCAGAAUGCCAAGAGUGGUAGGAUUUGCAGAUAUGCAAUUAAAAGUUAUUCAGUGAUAGCAAACUACUACUAUUCUUUGUAAACUUUGGGGGUUUUUAAUUCCUGAGCUUGAAAAGAUUCCAGUAACUUAUGGUUUUGUAUAACAACUUUGUAAAACAGCAUUUUACAAAUAUUGAAGUACUUAAAGACACUGGUUGUACUAGAUUAGAUUACCAAGGAUCGCUAUCUAUAGUGGAGUUUGGAACAGUUAUGUAACCAGAAGCAUCUAACUAUUAUGUAGAAAGAAAUGAUGAGACAAAAAAGAUUAAGACGCAAAUUUUUGGCAGUUGUAAUGAAAAAUUAGUCUACCAUUGUGGUCCUUGAAAGUAACUAAAUAUUUUAGUUGAUAUUUGUUACAGAAAUAAAUUAUAACUUUGCUGUUAAUAUAUUUAAGGUUUUUAUAGUUUAUAUGCUUCAUUUAUGUUUUGAUAUUCAUUGUUUGGGUAAGAAGUGUUAAUGUUUUUUAAAUGUUGAAAUCAUGUGUUGUUUAAUUUUUAUACUUCAAAUUCUUUGACAUUAAAUAUAUGAUGCUA